UGCAACUGCUGCAUUAACUCGAGAGCGCGUCAAAAAGGUUCCUUCUCGCGAAUCUAUAUUGGGUAUCUCCACUCUAUUCUUUCGUAACGAUAUUGUCCAUCACAAUCCUCAAGAAUCUUCGCCUUACAUGAAUCACUUGACAACAACAGUAAUUAUCGCGACAAUAACUCCGAUGAUACCGACAACGACUCCGAUAACAGUAGCAUACUCCUUGACAUAUGUAAACCACCUCCUCGCCCUAGACGCCACUAUAGGGUUGUGUCGUGACAGUAUCGUCUCAUGUAUGGUAUUUAGGUUGAUCUGCUCGGCCGCCGUGGUCGUUGGAAAGGACAUGGCGAUGCGAUGGCUGUAAUGCGAUAGGAGCUUUAGCUGAUUGCGACGGGUACUGUGGUGGAAGUG